GUUGAUUUGUAAAUUUACAUUUAUGUAAUUUUUAUUAACCAAAAUUAUUGAAUGAAACUACAGUUUUAGUCGAAGAAAUUCAAUAAAAAAAUGAAUAAGAAUGAAUUCACUACAAUUGAUACACAAUAUGCUAAAGAACAAGAAGAUCAAAGUGUUUCAUCAAUAUUUACAUCAAGAAAGAAUUUUAUGGAAUGGUUUCGAUCAUUCUUCGAUAGAUCUUUGUUAAUAUAUCAACUAUUUUAUUUCUCUUACUAUGCUGCGUUUGGUUCACUUUUCCCGCUUAUAUCAAUCUAUUUUAAACAACUUGGAUUGAAUGCUUUACAAUGUGGUAUUCUAAGUGGGACAAGAUCAUUAGUCGAGUGUUUUGCUGCACCAUUUUGGACUGCAUUAGCUGAUAAAUGGAAGAAAGGCAAAAUGUUUGUUUUAGUUAGUUUAUUCUUCGCUAUGGCAUUCACACUUGGCUUAGGAUUUGUACGUCCAACACCAGAAGGUUGUUUAGUAAGUCUACCAAGAUCAACAAGAUAUAAUGCUACAACAAGUGAUGAUGAAGAAGGUUUAAUUUUGAGUAUUAUUCAACCUUAUAAAGCAUCAAGAUAUGAUGAUGUUAAAUCUGUUGAUAUGGAUAGAGAUUUAGCCUUGAAAAUUCGUAAUCAAUUAGGACAAUCACCACUUUAUCUAAACACUAAACUACUAGUAUCUCCACCAAAAAUGAAAGCGACACGUUGGGGUACAGGUGUUGGACAACAGACUGGUGAUCAAAAUCUUUAUGCAAGAACACAAGCCUAUCAUGAUCCUACCCAAUUUCCACCUGGAAGUCUUGUUAUGCCUCUUUAUUCUACAGUUGUUUAUGGUCAAACAAAAAUCAAUCAAAUAUUCAUUGUAAUCCUAUUGUUGGUACUUUUUAGUGAACUUAUGUCUUGUGCUGCUAUACCAAUUGUUGAUGCAGCAGUUUUACAACAAAGUGGAAUAGAUUUUUGUAAUAAUUAUGAAAAACAACGUAUAUUUGGUUCAAUUGGUUGGGCAUUAUCAAUGUUUUUCAUUGGUUUAAUAUUAGAUCAUUCUACAAGUUUUCCUGACUAUCCAUGUUUACAUCCUGGUUAUCGUGAAAAAAAUUACAUGGUAAACUUUGCAACAUAUUCAGUUUUUAUUGCAUUCGCUUUAUUCAUUGCAACACAAUUCACUUUUCAAUAUGAAGGUGAUUCAGAGAGUAUGUAUUUCAAAUUAGUAAAAGAUAAAAUGGCUAGAACAUUUUUCGGUAGAACAACAAAAAGUCGUUCGAAGUUAGUCAAUGAAGAUGAUGAUGAAGAUGUUGGUGCAAAAGAUUGGAAACCUGAUCCAUUAAUCCAUGAAAUAGAAACAGGAAAAGUUGUUAGCAAAGAAAAAUCUAAACAUAGUAAUGAAGAAAUCUUAGAACAACAACUUGGAAUCAAAAUUGUUCAAAAAAACAAUGAUGGAGUUAAGUUAAAAAGUCAAAGUACAAUAGAUGCACAACAAGAAGAAUUAGCUGCUGCAGCUCAAUUAAAAGUAACAAGUUGGUUUCAUGCAUUGAAACAAUUUCGUCAACCAAGUCUAUUGGCAUUCUUAUUCGUUAUAUGGUUUAUGGGUUUGGGUUUAGGUCAAGUAUUCACAUUUUUAUUUUGGCAUAUGCAAGAAUUAAAUGGUUCACCAACAUUAUUUGGUAUUGCAUCAAUUAUCAAUCAUGUAUCCGAGAUAUUGAUGUAUCAGUUUAGUAAACAAAUUAUUGAUAAAAUUGGUCAUAUAAAAGUUCUGUAUUUGGGAUUAGUUGGUAAUGUAGCAAGAUUUCUCUAUGUCUCUUGGAUCACAAAUCCAUGGUGGAUACUUCCUUUUGAAUUUAUACAAGGUCUUACACAUGCUGGUGUAUGGGUAGCCUGUUGUUCAUAUAUUAUGCAAGCAUUCCAGCCGGAGUUUCGUUCAUCAACAUUAGGAUUUCUUCGUGCAAUACAUUAUGGUUUGGGACGUGGUUUAGGUGCCAUAUUUGGUGGACUUGUUAUAUCUAGUUAUGGAACUCCAACAAUGUUUAGAGCGUAUGGAGCAGCAUCAGCUUUAGUUCUAUUAGGAUUUCUUUUAUUGAACUAUUUAAUGCCGAUUCCAGCGGCCAGUGAAGAAUCAAAUGAAGAUGAUAAAAUGUAUGGACAAAUUCCAUCAGAUGGACGUAGUUCAAAUACAGGACAAUUUGGUAAUGUAUUCCAAACAACUGAAGUAACUCAUGAUUACUAUUUACAAAAUGAACAAAAACCAAAUCAGUUCCAGCGACAAUAAUAACAACAAACAUCAUAAUUCAUUAUCUUGGAUUCAAUAACAGUGCAGAUAUAAUUGAUUAACUUCAACAAGAAUCAAUCGUCAUACGAUCUAUGAUUUUAUGACUACUAACAAUAACAACAACAAAAAGGACAAGCCACAAGUUGGUUGUGAAUGUUAUUUCGAAUUCUCUUUUUUUUUCUUAAAAAAGACAUUACUUCUCUAGCCUUUUCUUAUAUAAAGUUACUUAGUUAAAAUCACUUUUUCAGAAUGUUUCUUUAUCUCUUCUUUAAAAAAACCCCGCCUUUUUACCAUUUAAAAAAGGAAAAUUUAUAAAACAAGGUAUUGGGUAUUUUACUUUGUUACCAUGUAAACAAUUUCUUAAAUCAUGCAAAACGUAUUUAUCAUUACUAAAUUGACUUAUAACUACAAAUAUGAACUUUGAUGAAAACUUCUUUUGAUCAUUUAAUUAAUCAUUUUAUUGUUAUAUUGAAUAAAUUCAUGUCAGGUGAUAACAAUGACAUGGAUAUUCAUUUAAAUGGUUGUGAAUUGAUUCCUUUUUGCUAUAACGGAUACAUAUAUAUGUAAUUUUGCUUCUUCUUCUUUUUUUCCCCCUUCUCCUUAUUCUUCUUAUGCAUUUAAUCACUGUACCCUCUGGUAAUUUGAGACAAGAAAACUAUUUUUUCUUUCUCCAAAAGAGAAUAUUCAUUUAAAAUAAACAAAAACAACAACUGAUAACAAUAUGUUGAUGAAAGUAUUUACUUCAUUCACAUUCUAAUUCAACAUAUUUAAUAUUUAUUUAUGUAUUAGAUAUUCCAUGAUCAUCAGUAAUCUUUUACUCAAUCACUAUAUAUGUAUACAAAUAAGAAAGAAUUUAUAGAUGUAAGUCUAUUCAUUGUUUAAAUUAGGGAGUGUUUUAUCAGAAAAAAAUGGAUAGUAACUAAUAAGUAUACAAGACAAACUGAAUAUCUUGCAUAGAUAAUUCACUAUGUUUUAAGAUUUAACUUUUGUAUACAGAUAACUAUGAAUAUUUCAAAUUGUUUUUUAUUUCUAAAAGUAGGUCGAGUGCCAACAGUUUACGUGAAGGUUUAAAAAGAAAUUGAAUAAUUGUGAUAUCAUAAUGUUUAUCAGCAUUUUUCAUAAAGAACCAUGUAUUUCGAUUUUGAUAUUCAGAUUUAUCGAAGAGAUUAAACUCAAACGCUAUUCAGACCCAGUCUGAUAAGUCAUCACAACGAAAGAGAUUUAAGUAUCUGUUCUAGUUCUGGAAAUAUGAUUCAGUUGAAAUACGUUCAUUCACUUACUAAAUGCUCUUAAUCAAGAGUCACUCAAAAUGAAAAGACUGGAAAGGAUUAGUGGUUAUACUUGCCGAACUGAAUAAUAUAUACGAAACUACUUCC